GCUUUAAGAACAUAAAGUCCUGUGCUUGUUAAUGGGCAGCUAGGUCUUGACCGGGGGGGGGGGUCAGGUUGAAGCAGAUCACAAUAGAAUGGAAAAGAAUGAAGGGACGGGGAUGACUUCUGCAUGCUCGGAUUGCGACGACUCCGCUUGCUGCGCCAUCUGCUUGGGGCCCAUGCUUCAGGAUUCCUACCUCGACAAAUGUUUUCACAAGUUUUGCUUCAAUUGCAUCUCACGCUGGACCAAAGUGGUUGCCGGCAAGCACCGUUCUCCACCUUCUUCUGUAAAAUGUCCCCUUUGCAAGACAGAAAAUUUUUCAAUAAUUUACGGAUUUGAUGGAAGUUGUUUUCAGCGGCAAUAUGUAAAUGAGGAUUUUGGGGAUAGUUUUACCUUAUCAAGAGCUCAGAGAUAUAGAUUACAAUGCUAUUACACUGAACCAGGUUUCUUGGAGGACGUAUUCAAUAUACCACGGUAUUGGAAGUCUCAUAGGCAUCAUCAGCCAAACUGUUGGAUACAAAGUUGGCUCAGAAGGGAAAUUCAAGCCCUUGUCCAAGAGGAAGACGUUGACAUCAUUGUGCACCAUAUUCUGGGAGUAAUAAGUGCAUCACUGUCGUGGAGAGAGCAAAAUCGUCGCAUUGUGGCACCUGAAAAGCAACAGGAGGAGUUCAAGAUCGCAGUUUCAGAAGCAGCAAGGCCCUUCUUGGCUUCAAGGACCGGCAGAUUUGUAUACGAGGUGCAACUGUUUCUUGCUUCAGGAUUGAAUAUUGAAGCUUAUGAUGCAGUUUACAUACAACGACUGGGUUGGAGUUCGCCUGGGAUAAACACACAGGCGUCUCAGAGUGAACCUGUUGAUCGCAAUACGGUGACUCCAUACUUGUAUAUAUUUGACGCGGACUCUGAUGAAGAUGAAUAGAUACUUUUGUUUUCUUUUAUCUUUUUUUUUUUUAUAUUAUUUUUUAAUAGUUAUAUUAGCCUGUAUAUUAUUUCAAGCAGUUUAAAAGGUUUUGCAUAUAGUCACAGUUCUGUUGAAUAUUAUCAGCCAGCAACACAGGCAGAUUCUUCAAGA